AUGGCGUGCAACAGCGAUUGUUUCUUCGACUGCACGCAGACGCCCCGUGAUCCGUGUCCUAACCCUGACAUCUCUGGAAUUGGUGUUCUCAUUGGAUAUACAGCUACUGCUGGAAUAGUCGUCUUGAUUCUAGUAUUCCAUUACCAUCUCGCACAUGACCCGACAAAGGACCCUUUUCGCGAAGAGGGCGCUUCUGGACCUCGUAACCCACGGCCAAACCCGGUAGAUGUCGCAUAUCUCAGUCUUUCAUCCAGAGCCCGAGCACGGCUGAGGCCACGCCAAACUCUACCGAAAUCAAAAUCGUAUCCUCGUUUAGAAGCAGCUUUUACCAAUGUACUCUGGAUGUCAGGAAGCUUUUCCUGGGGUCUCAUCAAAUUGCUGAAAACAGUUCAAGUAGAAAGCGGAGGUUCUAGGGAUUGGUCUUUCGGGCAGGUCGUUCCUCUCGUCCUCCUUGCAGCCCCCUUAAUUAUCAUAUUUGAGUCUUUCUUCAAAGCCCAACAACCCAAGAACACACUUUCGACAGCGCUUGUGCAUUUUCACACAGGCUAUUCCCAGUUUGAUCAUGGAGAUAUCUCGUCAGAUACGCCGCUCGAGGCACGCGAUCAUCCAGAUCACGAUUGCUACCAGGAAUCCAACUGGAGCAACUCAUUGAUCUACCUUAUGGUCACUUUUGCCAUCGCCGCUACAGUGCUGCUUCUGUGGUUUAGUAGUCGGCCCAAUACCCAGUUGAUCUCCAUACUUAUCCCUACAGAAUUAGUUGCAAAACUGGAAUCUCGAAAUUUCUUCUCAUACCCUCCCUUCUAUAUAACUCUAUCUAUCUGGAUGUUCAUCAUGUUUUCUCUACUGAUCGAGGAUAUUGGUUGUGCGCAGCAGAAUCUUCGCUACAAAUACACCUUUCCUCCCUCAACGCAGCACCAGCAUCUGCAACCUCACCUUUUUCAACCAAUCUCCCCUCUACACGUCUUCAAGAUGUCGGGAAAGCAGCAAGACAAGAGCAUCAUGGGGAUGCCCGGCUUCGUGGUCGACUUCCUGAUGGGUGGUGUUUCCGCCGCCGUCUCGAAGACCGCCGCCGCUCCCAUCGAGCGUGUUAAGCUCCUCAUCCAGAACCAGGAUGAGAUGCUUAAGUCCGGUCGUCUCGACCGCAAGUACGACGGCAUUACCGAGUGCUUCAGCCGUACCGCUAAGAACGAGGGUGUCCUCUCCCUCUGGCGUGGUAACACCGCCAACGUCAUCCGUUACUUCCCCACCCAGGCGCUCAACUUCGCUUUCCGCGACACCUACAAGUCCAUGUUCGCCUACAAGAAGGAGCGUGACGGUUACGCCAAGUGGAUGGCUGGUAACUUGGCCUCCGGUGGUGCUGCCGGUGCCACUUCCCUCCUCUUCGUCUACUCCCUCGACUACGCCCGUACCCGUCUUGCCAACGACGCCAAGUCCGCCAAGAAGGGUGGUGAGCGCCAGUUCAACGGUCUCGUAGACGUCUACAAGAAGACCCUCGCUUCCGACGGUAUCGGCGGUCUCUACCGUGGUUUCAUGCCCUCCGUUGCUGGUAUCGUUGUCUACCGUGGUCUGUACUUCGGUAUGUACGACUCGAUCAAGCCUGUCCUCCUCACCGGUGCCCUCGAGGGUAACUUCUUGGCCUCUUUCGCUCUUGGUUGGGCCGUCACCACUGGUGCCGGUAUCGCCUCUUACCCCCUUGACACCAUCCGUCGCCGCAUGAUGAUGACCUCUGGUGAGGCCGUCAAGUACAAGGGUACCAUGGAUGCCGCCCGCCAGAUCGUCGCCGCCGAGGGUGUCAAGUCUCUCUUCAAGGGUGCUGGUGCCAACAUUCUCCGUGGUGUUGCUGGUGCCGGUGUCCUGUCCAUCUACGACCAGGCCCAGCUCAUCCUCUUCGGCAAGAAGUUCAAGGGUGGAUCCGGUUAA